AUGGCCGAAUUUCAAGCUGGGAUGAACGAAGACAAUGUUUACGGUCGAACAGCGAAGUUAACCGGUGUUUCCGAAAGCACAAUUCGGCGCAUAGUAGACGAAGGUUUUAAGAAUAGAGGUAAAUUUUCAACACCUGGAAAACACAGGAAAGGCCGACCUACAAAACACAUCGAUGAUUUCGAUAUAUGUUCCAUUCGUCAGAAAGUUCAGUUUUUCUACUACACAGUGCAGAAAGAAGUACCAACACUAAGAAAAUUAUUAGCAGUGGUGAAGGAAGAUUUAAAUUUUGAUGGCAGCUAUGAACUCCUUCGAAAAAUUUUAAUUUCAAUUGGCUUCAAAUUUAAGAAAUGCCAAUCAAAUAGACUAGCCCUCAUAGAAAAACCAGCAAUUGCUUCAAAACUGCAAGGAAGUAGGAGUAUUAAGAUGCAUCGACGAGGCGGGAAACGCAUCCGAAUGGAUGACCCUCCUCCGGAGUAUGUAAAUCCUAUGACUCCGGCAACACCCAUGACUGAUUAUGGAGGACAGUCUAUACAUGAACCGGAAACACCGAAUGUGAAUUAUUCUGGAUUUAAUGUGGGCGCCGUAGUUAAUUCUACUAUGGCAGAGGCCCCUCGAGAGGAAAUUGAAGAGCAUCAUGAAGAAGAAACUAGAUCGCCAUCACCAGCUCCAACGAAGCGAAUAACCCGUAGUAGGGGCCGAGGUGGAGACGGUGGUUAUGUGGGGCGGCUAGCAGAGUCCCCUCCACCACCACCGCUGCGUAGACGUGGACGUGGUGGGAGAGGACGAGGCCGAGGAAGAGGUGCUGCGCCACCUCCCGCAUAUUCACCUCCACCAGUUCUUUUACCUGGGGAUGAUGAAAACAGUCUCUAUAACAUUCUGCGGUUCAAUAAGACUGCAAUCAAUCAAGUAGUAGACAUAUGGAUAGAAGAAUAUAAAAGCAACAAAGAGAGUGCACUGGUGCAGCUGAUGCAGUUUUUCAUUAACUCGUCUGGAUGUCGUGGGAAGGUUACACCAGAUAUGGCUCAAAUGGAUCACACUCUCAUUAUCAAGAAAAUGACUCAAGAGUUUGAUGAGGAAAGUGGAGAGUAUCCCCUCAUCAUGACAGGACAGACGUGGAAGAAAUUCCGUUCUAAUUUCUGUGAGUUCAUUCAAACACUGGUAAAGAUGUGCCAGUACUCCAUCAUAUAUGAUCAGUACUUGAUGGACAAUAUCAUCUCCCUGCUAACUGGGCUAUCUGAUUCACAAGUCAGAGCUUUUCGACACACAGCUACUUUAGCAGUAAUGAAGCUAAUGACAGCACUGGUGGACGUGGCGCUGCUGACCAGCGUGAACUGCGACAACUGUCUGCGGCAGUACGAGGCGGAACGGCUGAAGGCGCGCGACAAGCGCGCCAGCGAGCGCCUCGAGGUGCUCGUGGCCAAGCGCCAGGAGCUGGAGGAGAAUAUGGAGGAAAUUAAGAACAUGCUGUCGUAUAUGUUCAAGUCUGUGUUCGUGCAUCGUUAUAGAGAUACUUUGCCGGACAUAAGAGCCAUCACAAUGUCAGAGAUUGGUAUUUGGAUGGAGAAGUUCCCCGCACAUUUCCUUGAUGAUCUUUAUCUUAAAUAUAUUGGAUGGACUCUCCAUGACAAAGUGGGAGAGGUGCGGCUGCGCUGCCUGCAGGCGCUGCAGCCGCUGUACGAGUGCGAGGAGCUGAAGGGCAAGCUGGAGCUGUUCACGUCCAAGUUCAAGGACCGCAUCGUGUCCAUGUCACUGGACAAGGAGACGGAGGUGGCGGUGCACGCCGUGCGCCUCGUGAUCGCCAUCCUCAAGAUGCACCCCGACGUGCUCACGGACAAGGACUGCGAGAACGUGUACGAGCUGGUGUACUCGUCGUGGCGCGGCGUGGCGGCCGCCGCCGGCGAGUUCCUCAACGUGCGCCUCUUCCGCGCCGACGCGCCCGCCGCCUCGCCGCCGCGCUCGCGCCGUGGCAAGGCGCGCCCGCCCAACACGCCGCUCGUGCGCGACCUCGUGCAGUUCUUCAUCGAGUCCGAGCUGCACGAGCACGGCGCCUACCUCGUCGACUCGCUCAUCGAGUCCAACCCCAUGAUGAAGGACUGGGAGUGCAUGACCGACCUGCUGCUCGAGGAGGCCGGCCCCGGUGAGGAGGCGCUCGACAACCGCCAGGAGUCGUCGCUCAUUGAGCUGAUGGUGUGCUGCGUGCGGCAGGCCAGCACCGGCGAGCCGCCCGUGGGCCGUGCGGCGCGCAAGCACGCGCAGCUCAGCAAGGAGCAGGCCAAGCUGGUGAGCGACGACCGCGCGCGCAUGACGGCGCACUUCAUGACCACGCUGCCCGCGCUGCUCGACAAGUUCGGCGCCGACCCCGAGAAGCUUGCGAACCUUGUGGCCAUCCCGCAGUACUUCGACCUCGAGCUGUACACCACGCAGCGGCAGGAGGGCAACCUGACGCUGCUGCUGAACAAGAUCCGCGAGAUCGUGAAGGUGCAGACGGAGGCGGAGGUGCUGGAGACGUGCGGGCGCACGCUGGAGCUGCUGUGCAGCGACGCGCACGCCGUGUACACGCGCUGCAACGUGGCGCGCGCCACCGUCACCGACAUGUGCGUCAACCGUUACAAGGAGGCCGUGGACGACUACCGCUCGCUGCUCGAGGGCGGCGAGACGCCCGACGCCGACGAGCUGUUCAGCCUGAUAAACUCGCUGCGCAAGGUGUCCAUCAUGUACAUGUGCCACAACCUCAACGACACCAACAUCUGGGAGUCGUUGUUCGAGGACCUGCCCAAGUGCCUGGCGGGCGCGGGCGAGGAGAUGCCGGUGCAGGCGCUGGUGUACGCGGUGCGCGCGUGCUUCUACUCGGUGUUGUGGUCGCUGCACGAGCUGGAGGAGCGCGGCGGCGACGCGGCGGCGCUGCGCGAGCGCCUGCUCGCCUACGCCGCGCUGUGCCGCGACGUCGUGGCCCGCGGCCGCGCGCCUGAGCUGCGCGAGGAGGCGUACAUCAGCAUCUGCGACCUGCUGAUCUUCUUCGCGGAGCAGCCGGGCGCGGGCGCGGGGGGCGCGCGCAUCGCGCUGGAGGCGGACGCGGCGCUGUGCGACCUGCUCAACGACUUCGUGCAGGAGUUCGUCUUCGUGCACCACAACUACGACGGUCAAGACGAGAGACGCAUCGAGGAGCUGCACAAGCGCCGCAACUUCCUGGCCGCCUACUGCAAGCUCAUCGUGUACAGCGUGGCGCCCGUGCGCCGCGCCGCUGACGUCUUCAAGCACUACAUUAAGUGCUACAACGACUACGGAGACAUCAUCAAGGCGACGCUGAGCAAGGCGCGCGAGAUCAACAAGCUGAACUGCGCGCUCACCAUGCAGCUGGCCAUGCAGGCGCUGUUCACGGAGCUGGUGCGCCGCGCGCCCCCCACCGCCGCGCUACGCAACCUGCCCGAGUUCGCGGAGCUGAAGGAGCUGGCCAAGCGCUUCUCGGUGAUGUUCGGGCUCGACGCCGUGAAGAACCGCGAGGCGCUGACGGCGCUGCACCGCGCGGGCGUGGCGUUCGCCGCGUUGGACGCCGCGCCGCCCGCGCCGCCGCCCAACCUGGCGUUCCUGGAGCCGCUGGCGGAGUUCUCGGGCAAGCUGCUGCGGCAGGACAAGCGCGCCGUGCUCAAGUUCGCGGAGGUGCGGCUGGGCGGCGGCGCGUGGGCGGACGAGUGGGCGCCGCUGCAGGCCUACCGCGCCUCGCUGCUGGCCGACGCGCCCGAGGAGCGCGCCGCGCCGCGCCGCCACUACGCGCGCCGCCCGCGCCGCGCCACCGACGACGACGACGACAACAACGACUCCGACGCGGAACCGCCCCCGAGAAAAAGAAUAAGAAUGCGAAGUUCAAGUGACGCUUCAACAGUUACAUCGAGCAGUGCGUCGGUCGCCGCGCGGUCGCGGCCGCGGGCGCGCGCCGACGUCACACCUAAAAGGAAUUUGAGAGCUUCCAGAAUUAGACAA